ACCUGUUGGUUAGUUUUUAUAGGUUUAUGGGGCAAUUUCGUCGCUCCAGAUUCAAAGACGUAGACUUCAGCAUACAGUUCUGGACAGAGUAUUCGGAGGUUCAAGACUGGACUCUGGGCAGGUGGUUUUUGGGAAAAGGGGAAAUUAGCAGGAAAUUAGAAAAUUCCUUGUGGCAUUAACUCUUCAAUUAUCAAAUAAUGCACAUGCUGCUAUAUUGAACCAAACCUGUCUAAUAAACCACAGAGAACGGAGGUUAUUUCAUGGAACUUCAUCACUUGACGCCCAAUUAUCUCAAGAUAGAUGCAGAAGUGCUCGAUUAUGGUGCUGGCGAUUCUCGCUCUAGUGGCACUUGGCGCUAGGGCACAGAGUGUAAGAAAUGAGAAGAUUCAGAAUGUUGCUACUCCCAAUACGACGGACGGCCCCGACUUGGAGCUGGAAGGUAGACGUCUGAUGGAGCCUUUGGCUUUACCUUAUCCUGUGAGAACUCGGAACGUGGCCUUCAGUGUGAGGAAAGCCAUCGGCCGCCUCAGUGCAGUCACUCGCCUUCACUUUCGGGACGUGUUAACCAAUAUAGGCGACGGCUGGAACCCCGCUUCUAGUGAAUUUGUUGCUCCACACAACGGAGGAUAUCACUUUGUCUUCCACGCAAUAGGCGCCAGGACCAGCGACUUCACACUGGCACUGAUGAAGAAUGGCGUCUAUGUAGUGACCGCCUACGGCAAGUUGAUCACAUACGAACAUGGCUCCAAUUCUGUCUUUCUGGAAUUGCGUAGUUUUGAUAGGAUCGCUCUGGAGCUGCAGGAGGGAGCCAUCUACGAGCACCCCGGCAAUGAAGCCUACACGACUUUCACCGGCUUCUAUCUAUUCAGCACCUAAAGAAGUGGCACUGGUCCAUUUCCUGGGUUAAAUGGAUGUGGCACGAGUGCUAGAUCUGUAUUGUUUUGUAGCAAAUUAUUAUUAUUUGCCUGUUUAUUGUAUGUAAUAAAAUGAAA